CGAGGAGCUGCAGUUUUCUCCAACCAUGUUCCGUGCCUUUGUCCUAAUCGCCCUGGCCACCUGUGCCUUUGCCGGCUUCGCCGGUUACGCCGGCUACCCGGUCGGCUACUCCGUAGCAGCUCCAACCUACGCUGCCUAUCACGCUCCACUCGCUUCCGUAUCAGCCGUCCACCAUGCCCCCGCAUAUGGCUAUGGAUUUGGCUACGGAGUGCCCGCCUAUGGCUUUGGACUCGGCAGCUAUGGCCUGAGUUACGGAUACGGUCUCGGUGGUCUCGGCUACAGCACCUUUCUCCGCAAGAAAUGUGAGUGUGCAGCACCUUUGAGGGCAUGA